UCCGGGCUGCUGAGGGCCAUGGCGCUGGGUGCUGCCGCCGAGGGCGCGUCAGCGUGGGACGCUUCGCCGGGACCUGUGAGGCGUCCGGCGCCCGUCUGACAUCUUCCAUACGCUCAGGAGGGGGUGGACGGCCACGAGCGAGCGGCCGCUGAGGAGGCGUCUUGGACCGGCAGCUCUGUCUGUCUGUCGCCCCGCCGCAUUGAUGAUUCGGAGACCUAAUCAUGAUUUAAUAAAAUAAAUAAUUUCUGCAGCGAGCGAGCGGAGCUCCGGCGGCGCUCGGAAGCUGAGCGGACUCACAGUCCGGUACCGGCGGCCGGAACCAGGAGAUCCACAGUCCGGUGUUUGUGAGGGAUCGAUCGAUCGAUCGGUCGAUCGAUCGGUCGGUCCGGUCCAGCGCAGGGAGCGGGGAAGAAAAAUGAUGAAUCCGGUCCACGCACGCACGGCCGCGCGGGUGCGAGUGCUGACCGCGGACCCUUGAUUCAGCCUCGAGUGGCUGCACGACAGUGUCGACACCCGGCUCCGAACCCGAGGCCCCGGACGGACUCAGACGCGACGGUCCGAAGAGGUGCGAGUCGAACCCGCCCGCCCGGCCGCCGUCAGGUGGAGGGAGGCUGAGGGAGGGACGGACGGACGGACGGACGGACGUGAAAACAAGCCAUCCUUCAUGCUUGGGGCCUUUGCGCUGUCCGCUCGGGCUGCGGUUCGAAUCCCUGGGAACCGCUGUCGGACCCACCCUGUAGCCCUUGCUGAACGUACCCGCCGUACACUGUGCUCGGUGCGAGCGAAGGCGUCUCGGAGAGCUGUGUCCGGGGACGGUGCCCUCCAGCUGCGCUGAGGCUCCUCGCUCGUGCCGUAGAUGGACUAUGUAGGACAGCUGAAAGGCGCAUCCCGUCACCCGUUUACACGCCUCACGAAAAACUGGUCGGCGAUUUCUUGCUCGGGGUACCAUAGCUGGACCCCCUGUGGGGCAGCUCGUACCUGUGACGCUCGAAGGUCAAUGAUGGUGUGUGUCUCUGAGGUUCACGUCUCUCUCUCGCUCUCUCUUUCUGUCUCUAGGAGCCGCGGCCUCCGUCACCAGCAACGCGGCAGAGAAACGCAGGCUGCAGCGGGUGGAGGGUGCGGUCGGGGGUGUGGACGGUGGGCGUGGCCGGAGGGGGUGUGGUUCGAUGUCACGCACGCCUGGCAGCGUCUCCCUUUUGCUGAGGAUCACCCGGACAGCACGCUGAGCGGAGCAUCCGAGUGGCUCCGCCCCCUCCGACGACUGGACGGAGAAGAGCGUGGGGAUGAGAGCGCAGGGCGGUCCUGUGCGUGUGAAAUGCACAGUGUGUGUACACGCUCCCUUCGCUCCUUGAUUCUCUUUUCUUUUCCCGUUGACCGCUUCCAGCCGCUGUUUAAUGAGCGUGUUUGGCCUGGGGAGGACUGGUUCGCUGCAGGUCUCCUGGAUGAGCACCCUGCGUCACCCCCAACUGAUUUACCUUGGACCUUUAUCUGUCCUCGCACCCGAGCCUCCCCCGGGUCGGAGCUCUUCCCUCUAUCCGCUCGUUCCCAAGGUCCUCCAUCUUUGCCGUAUUUGGGAGCGUUCUCCCCGCAGCGGUUCGUUUUCGCUGUCGUGUCCGUAGCAGCGCAACUCUGAACUCCGCGGCCGUCGCCCCCGCUGUUGGAGCGACGUUUACGAUUUACGGCAGAAUAACUCGUCCGGUUCCCCUUUUCCCACAAGCACAGCCGGAUCCUCCGCCGAGCGCUCCCAGGUUCCCUGCUCGACCACCGCCGGGGUGCUGCUUGCCUCUCUGGUUUCUCUCCCUGUCGGUUAAUCUCGGGGGCGAACCGCGCCCCCCGCAGGCCAGCGUGUGCAUCUGCGGGGAGAUGUUGCCGCGUUUCGCAUGGUCACACGGGCUGGAGAUGAUGACCUGCGGGAGACACUCUCAGCGGUUGAUCAUCCCAGUUACUGAUCGCUGGGAGAUUCUGUGAGAUGCACCGCGAACCAUAUUGCACAGUGUUUUGCCCUUAACCGCCGUCGCAUCCGAGCCGCGCAGCGACCGCUGUCCGGUUUGCCUUUACGCCACUUUCACAAGCGCGCUCCGGUUAAGGUCGAAUCCUUCGGCUCUGUGUCGGUAGCUCCCGAGGACUCGUUGCUCUGGGGUCUGUGGCGUCGCGAUCGACAUGGCGAACGGUCCCUGAAGGGCCGAGGGUGCGGGACAGGUGUCCGUCCUCCGUCUCCUCCUCAAAAUGCUCUCCGCGUGGACACCGUGGCGGCUCCGGGCUCCCCGUCUGUGACCCUCCGUCGGUCCGCUCUCUCCUGACCCUUCGUUCGUUCGAACCCCAGUCCCUGUGACACCGGCGAUGCCACCUGUCAGUAGGGGCGGGGCUGUCGGCGGCCCCUCUUCUUCCCCCCGCUCCCCUCCAACGUCCCGCCCGCUGCGCCCCGGCCGCUAUGUGCCCGUCUCUGCGGCGGCCGCCUUUCUGGUGGGAUCCACUACACUCUUCUUCUGUUUCACGUGUCCCUGGCUCGCCGAGCACGUCUCCGUGGCUGUGCCCAUGUACAACGGCGCCGUCUUCCUCUUCGUUCUCGCCAACUUCUGCAUGGCCACGUUCAUGGAUCCCGGCGUCUUCCCCCGAGCGGACGAGGACGAAGACAAGGAGGACGACUUCCGCGCGCCGCUCUACAAGACGGUGGAGAUCCGCAGCAUCCAGGUGCGAAUGAAGUGGUGCUCGACCUGCCGCUUCUACCGGCCGCCGCGCUGCUCCCACUGCUCCGUGUGCGACAACUGCGUGGAGGAGUUUGACCACCACUGCCCCUGGGUGAACAACUGCAUCGGCCGCAGGAACUACCGCUACUUCUUCCUCUUCCUGCUCUCGCUGACGGUGCACAUCAUGGGUGUGUUUGGCUUCGGUCUGCUCUUCGUCCUGCACCACACACAGCACCUAGACCGCCUGCACGCCGCCGUCACCAUGGCGGUCAUGUGUGUGGCCGGACUCUUCUUCAUCCCCGUUGCAGGACUCACCGGUUUCCACAUCGUACUGGUGGCCCGAGGGAGAACCACCAACGAACAGGUGACGGGGAAGUUCAGGGGCGGAGUCAAUCCCUUCACCAACGGCUGCUGGAGGAACGUCUCCCACGUGCUGUGCAGCUCCCAGGCCCCCAGGUACCUGGGCAGGCAGAGGAGAGCCCCGACAGCGCUCGUCCGGCCCCCUUUCCUGAGACCGCCCCUCUCGGAGGCCCAGCUGGCUGCCAAGGUGUUGGACAACGGCAUCCAGGGCGACCUGCACCUGUCCAAGAGCAGUCUGGAGGCGGAGAGCCAGUCGGCCGAUGCGGACCCGCCUCCGCCGCCCAAGCCAGAGUUGAGAUACCCCGCUUUGUCCCGAGGCCAGGUGUCCAUGGGCUCCACGGAGGAAAGCAGCUUGCUGAACAAGGCUCCUCCCACUCCGACGAUGUACAAGUACCGUCCCGCCUACAGCAGCCCGGGGAAGAGCCGCUCGGGUCUGGCGCACUCCUACUCCAGCAAGAUGAACCAAGGCGACGGCCUCAAGGAGGUGCCGUCGCUCCUGCGCUCGAGCCAGCAGUCGGGCUACCGCUCGGAGCCCAGCCUGGACGGGCGCGACGACGACGCCGCCGACCACAGCGAGCGCGAGCGCAAGGCCGGGGGUCCGGGCGCCGCCGGGGGACAGGCGGGGGGGAUUUCCGGCUACUCCCUGGGGGGGCACUCCUACCCCUCUUUCUCGGAGCCCGCGGUGCUGUCGGGCGGGGCGUCGCGCUCCUCCGGCGUGCGGUCCGCCCACGUGGCCCAUAAUGCCUCGGGGCCGCUACCGCCGGAGAGCAUGGCCUCCGCCAGCUACAAGAGUUUGGCCAACCAGACGCCGCGCAACGGGAGCCUGUCCUACGACAGCCUGCUGACGCCGUCCGAGGGCCCCGAUUUGGGCCGCGCGGCCCCCGAGCUGUCGCCAGGCCGUCGGCGGCCUCACCCCCACGCCCAUCCCCACACGCACCCGCACCCGCACCCGCAGGCGCGUCACGCCCCCCUGCUGGGCUACAGCUCUCCCUUCCUGUCGGCGCAGAUCGCUCAGCAACGAGAGCCCGAGCUGCACCAGGCCUCGUCCGCCCCGCUCUCGUCCCCGCACAAGGCGUACCUGCGCACGGGCAGCCCCCCUCCGCUGCCGCCGCCGGACCCCUGCCGCCCCCCUCGCUUCUCUCGCCCGGCGCUGCUGUCCGACUCGCACCCGUACGCCUACCGCGCUCGUUCCCUGGGCUCGCAGGACCCCCCGCGGUCCCCCGUGUCCCCGGCCCCCGCGCCGCGCCCGCCCCCCCUAGGGAAGUCCCUGUCCUACUCGAGCGCGGCGGCGGCCGAGAUGCAGUUCCGGCUGGUGCGGAAGGCGUCGGCGGGGGCUGGGAUCCAGGCUCCAAAGGACGAGGUUCCCGUCAAGUCCUACGGCCGGGCGAACGGCCAGCCCGGAGGAGCGCGCCCCCCGUCUCCCCACCGCUCCGCGUCGUCCCCUUCUUCGCCGUCCCACCCAGCGAGCCCCGGCCAAGCCGAUCGCAGCAGCCCUUCCUCGCACGGUCCCACCCCCAGGCAGGGGGGCAGGGUCAAGAAGGUGACGGGCGUCGGUGGAACCACCUAUGAGAUUUCAGUGUGACUGUCAGACCGUUGCAGGAAGGGGGGGGGGGUUCCACCCUCCUCCCUCUUCCCUCGAUGCGUGCACCCCUGCUGAGGCGGGGGAGGAGCAGCUCUUACCUUUUGGGCUCUUUAUCUCCUCGUACCUGUACUGUCCUUGUGGCCUCCGCCCCCGGGAGCCACUGGUGAAGAAGCUCCAGGAGGGGCUCGAACCGUCAGCACCUUUCGGCCGUUGGGUUCUGCCGGACGAACAAAGUUAGCAGAGGGCUGCUAGGGCGACGUGCUUCGCCUCGACUCCGUAAGAGGGACAGACUGGGAGACUUGUCAGCUGUCUUGCUGUGGUCACUGAUGCUUUUUUUUUUUUAAAGGUGUGUGCGUGCGUAUGUAUAAAGGAGCAGAAGAACCGCUACGAGCUGCACGGUUUUGGACCUUUGAGGAAUGACCUUGACCACAGCCCCGUGCUGCUGAGUGGCUGAAGGACCCUUUUUUGAAUGCAGAUUGGACGAACCAGGCAUGAAGUGCAGCUUUUUCUCUUCUGGCGGCAGCGAGGAGGGCGGAGCCUAACAAACCCAUCUAGACAUUACAGCUGGGAGUCUGACGACCACCAGUGAAGUAUUUGUUUUAAUGUUAUUUUUACAUACAUUUAUACAGGUGGAGUCAGCCAGUGGCUGCGGAGGCAACACGUGGGUGUGUGUGCGCGCGCGUGUGGUUUAGUCUGCUGGAAUCCAAGUGACAAACUUCAGCGUUAAAAUGCAAACACCCUGCAUCUGAAAGCCAGUCUGUGGCUAAGGGGACGCAGUCCGUUUUAAACUGUGUCCAGACGAACACGGGGGUGGUGCAGGGACACCGCCGAGAGGAGGAAACAUUUUUUCGUUACGCUGUUCAUUCCUGUAAAAUUGUGCUUGAACAAGAGCACCCGUGGAAGCCGAGCAGGCGCUGCGGACAGCAGCGGGCCCAGCACCUACCAUGGUUAAAAACAAGGAGGAAGUGAGGUUUCGAUGUACCGCGUAUUGUUGUUAGUAGCUGAGGGUUGAUAAUAAACUUUGUAAAAUGCACUGAACUGUGGCCUCUUCCCUCUGAGCCUGUAGUGACGGGUCAGCUGGCCUUUCACCUGUGUGUGUCAGACUGAGCUUCGCUUCGCCGCCCCGCCCCGCCCCAUCACCUC